AAAGAACACCGAUUCCGGUAUUGAGGCACUCUCCCGAUACGAGUUGUUGGGCUAUGGCUGGCAUUGGAUUACGAGAUGCCGUCCACAAUCCACGCGUAUCUCAACAAUCAUUGCUAAUUCAGCUGUACUAAUACAGACAGAUCUCCUCGGUACCCUUAUCCGCCCGAAGUGGUGAGUUACGGAAGCCUGAACUUCCCGAACACUUUCUUUUUCCUUUCUAUUUUCGUCCGAGCGAUGCCGGCGUGGAUCCCGUGACUGUUCAUGCUCCGUACUCCGAACGGAGUCAGAGUCAUAGUACGGAAGUCCUUGUUCCGAUGCUCAGGAGUGCCUGUGCUCCAUUGGUGAUAAUGUUGCUUUUACUGGGCACCGGGAUCGGAGUCGAUCGUUGACCGAGAUAUCACUUACCGCAUGGGGAAACCCCAAAUGAAGUCAUGAUGUGCUCAAGCUCCGGGAGUAUGCGAAAUGCAUUUUAUCUUCAUGUGCUAUUUGCAAAGAUUGUCAUUUAUAAUUCUUCGUUUCUUCCAUUUACUUUCUAUGGUCAAUACGGCUUUGAAAUGACGCUGCUGGCAUUGAGUCGACCGCUGUCCCGGCGUGCGGGUUUACACCAGCUCCAUAUACAAAGAGCGCGCUUCUCAACGACUAAACUAGCAUCAGCUGCGCAAGUCGGACACUCGACAGCAAUCGCACAAUCAGACAUAAAUCGCGAACGAGUCAUUAUCCUUGGGUCCGGUUGGGGAGGAUACAGCUUCUCGCGCAGACUAUCCUCAGACUCCUUCUCGCCGCUUAUCAUCUCCCCGAGAUCCUACUUCGUCUUCACGCCACUCCUUACCGACGCUGCUAGCGGUGCGCUCGAUUUCUCGAAUAUCGUUGAACCCGUGCGGGAUUCCAAGGCGAAGGUCGAUUUCAUUCAGGCGGCUGCGCGGGCGGUCGAUUUUAACAAGAAGACUGUGCUGUGUGAAUCGACGGUGAUUAAGAGUGGUGUUACGGAAUCACCGCGGACACAUGAGGAUGAGCGGUUACAGGAGGAAGGCCCUGAGACUACAAGUUACCGGCCUAUGACAGAGGCGCGGAGAUGGGAGCAGGGAGAGAUGUUCGAGGUUCCGUAUGACAAACUGGUCAUCGCAGUGGGCGCAGUGAGCAAGACAUUCAAGACACCCGGUGUACGACACAACGCCAUGUUCUUUAAAGAUAUCGGCGACGCACGCCGCGUCAAGCGUCGCGUACGAGAAUGCUUCGAACUAGCCGUACUCCCGACAACCUCCUUAGAAAUGCGCAAGCACCUACUACAUUUCGCCAUCGUCGGCGCCGGUCCUACAGGCACAGAGCUAGCAGCGAACCUCCGCGACUACAUCUACCAAGACGUGGUCCGUCUAUACCCAGCUCUCGAAGGCAUCCCGCGCAUCUCGCUCUACGACGUCGCCCCCAAAGUUCUCUCCAUGUUCGACGAGUCCCUCUCCCGCUACGCAAUGGAUACAAUGCAAAAAGAAGGCAUCGAGAUCAAAACCUCCCAUCACGUCAAGGGUCUCCGCUGGGGCGCACCCGGCGAUCCACCACCGUAUGACAUGGACCCGAAACGCUGCCUAACCCUUUCAACCGAGGAAGAAGGCGAAGUCGGCACCGGCAUGUGCGUAUGGGUUACAGGAAACGCAAUGAACAAAUUCGUUUCGCGCGCCCUACAGGAUCUCAACACCCUCCCCACAGACUCCGUACUCAUGAAAGACGGCUCAAAACCACCCACCGAGGUAACAAACACAACCUGGCACGUGAAAAAAGCCCCCAAAGUCGGCGCCUUACUCGUCGACGGCCAACUCCGCAUGCAGCUCGAAAACGACCACGGCCAGACAGCAGUCAUGCAAGAUGUCUUCGCAAUGGGCGACAAUGCCAUGCCCGAGACCGGUGCCCCACCAGCCACCGCGCAGGCAACCUUCCAAGAAGCCAAAUGGCUCGCUACCCGGUUCAACAAGGGCGAUAUCCAGCAAUCCGGGCCAUUUUCGUUCCGGGAUCUGGGAUCGCUGGCGUAUAUCGGGGACGCUAAUGCGUUGAUGCAGAUCCCGCACGAAAGGGACGGGUAUGGGUAUCUGCCGCAGGGGUUGACGGGGCGGACCGCGGCACUUGUGUGGAAUUGGGCGUAUGCGACGAUGAGUAUUAGCUGGAAGAACAAGAUAAGAGUUGUGUUUCGGAGGUUGUUGAACAAGAUGUAUGGACGGGAGGUGUCGAGGUAUUAGCAUGUACACACUAGUAACAUCUAGCCGGCCAAUCAACCAUAUUCACCCACUAAAAGACUAAAGAGACUGUUCCGCAACGCAGCCUAUUCUCCAUCUUCCUGGUAGGUGAAUGAGCACAUGCACGGCUUUUACCCUUGCUUCAAUGCUGGGUGGUAUCUUUCUUCCCUCUCAGUGGCUGUGAAUUGGACGCUUGCUUGCCACAU